AUGUCCACCAACGACGACGCAGCAGAGCAGAUACCUCUGCAGGAUGUAGGCAACCUCAACGCUCUCAUCAACGCGUUUCUUCUGGCACGUCUUGUGGAGGCGAUGUCCGACAACGACGAGGAGCAGGGUCAAAACGAAGCAGGGUCGUCCAACAGCGGCGCCGCUGUCCCUCCUCCAAUGCCCGUCCCUCUGGCUUUCCCGCAGCCGACGCAGGGGCAAGCGCCCCCAAUGCCACAGCCAUUCUCCACAACGACGCAUGACGCAUCUCUCCCUACCUCCCUCUUUCCCCAGCCUCUAAUCGUGCAGCCUCCGCCUACUAGCUCUUCUACUUCUAUACCUCCACCGAUAUCCGCACCAGCAACUGCCACUGCACCUGCACCUGCACCUGCACCUGCACCUGCACCGCCGCCUGUGGCCCCUGCUGUACCGGCGCGCCCUCCCUCUCCUGAUGACACGGACGUUGCGCGGUCCAGCAUCGCGUGGCGCCUCUUCACCGCGCCGCUCUAUUCGCGCCUCGCAGCGGUGCUCUUCGAGAACAAAGACAGCCUCCCAGAGCCGACCACGGGCAACAUCUGCUACCUUAAGCUCGAUGGGUACGGCACGUGGAACAGCGUCGAGAACAUGUGCGCCCUCGUCAGGUACCUCGAGCAGCGCCCGUGGGACGACCAGCUCGUCGAUCGCUAUGUGGAGGAGCGGAAGGCGACACCACACUGGCCCGCGAAGCUGAAUGACAAGCCUCACGCCGAUCACCUGAAGUACGUCUGGCUCCUCAUGGACGGGCUGCUGUCCGUGGUCGGCCUCUCGCCGGCCUUGGUGCCAACGCCGCCGCGCACCUUCGCAGGCGCGGUAAACAUCGUAUUCCCGCCGGUCCCGGAGGGCGCGAAGCGACCGGAGCGCUUCACGUUCAGCGCGCGCGAGCUCAUCGAGGAGGACUUCAUCAUCGAGCCUACGCCGUUCAUGCUUGACCACUUGAAACUGAACGGGAACGCCGUGAGCGUGUAUGUGCUCUCCACGGAGCAGAUCGCGCUGCUCCUCAGCUAUGACAGGAACAAAGUCGCGAGGGCGAUCGGCAUGGCGCACUACGGGGACGAGAUCAUGCAGUCGUACGGCGCGCUCGUGAAGGAGGAGUUCCGCGAGAAGUACCAGCUGCCGAUCUCGCUCGGGAUGUUCAAGAUCGACGCCGAGCGCGAGCGGCGGGGGCAGUACGACGACCUCACCGUCGUCUCCAGCAUCAUCGAGAAGAAGCACAAGGACCCGAUGCCCUACCACCCGCCUCAGCUCCUCGCUGGACGGGUGCACAUCAUCGAGACCGAGCUGCGCCGGCGGCGGCGCUGGUACCGUCGUCUUCGGCGCGACAUCCACAAGCGCAAGAAGGAGGAGCCCUGGAUGUUCUGGGGCACGGUACUCGCCGUCUUCUUCGGUAUCUGCACCGUUAUCCAGACCAUCACCUCUGUGUGGUCGCUCGUCGUCUCCGUCUCCUGA